AUGGGUGACUUCCUGGGCCACGUGCUGCCGGGCACGCUGCUGCUGGCGGUGGGCCUGUGGCGGGUGUGGGCGUCAGUGGCGCGCUUCGCGGCCGACCCGCCGACGGCGUUCCGCGUCCGCGCCUGGAACCCCGUCCCGGCAGUGCCUGCACGGCUCCUGGAGCUGCACGCUGCGUCCGCCGCUUCGACUCCCCUCGCUCCGACGCACGCGUCGAGUGCCGCGGCGCAGGAGCGCGCCGAGCAGCUCGUGGAGUUCCAGCUGUUCGGAAUCGUGUUCCUCGCGUUCCUGUACGUGCUCGGGUGCUUCGCCGUCGCCGCGGCAAGGUAUGGGAAUAACCUGGAGAUGACGACGGUACAUGACCAACGUGUCGCUGUCCCUACUGGACCUUCGCUUGGGCUUGGAGCUUCGGAGCUGAGGUUUGGGCUAGAAUUUUGA